ACGACUCCGACCGCGCGAAAACUUUUAUCCUUUCCCUCCGGCCGGACCCACCUGGCCGCUUCGCUUCACUCCCCAAGUCUCAACUCGCGGACUCGCCCACCUGAGCGCCCACCUCGCGCCGCCGAGUCGUCUUCCCCCAUCACAAUUCACAUCUCCCCUCGCUCCCUGCCUCCCCGGCCAUCGCAUCGUGUUCGAAAUAUUCAAAACCCACCAAUUCCUCGGAUUCCGACACUCGGGUGGAGGGAACCCCAAAUUUUUGCCCCCGCGUCGCCUCCGCCUUCCACCCUCCGCCCCGCAAAUCUCCAAAUCCGUUUCGGCCCCGAACCGGACACCGCCGCGCUUGCUUAAAUCCCGACGCGACGCUCGCGGAGGCGGCGGAACCCUAUAAGGCCUGGAUCCCGCUCCGCGCCCCCGCCCCCGCCCGAUUUCAGGCUCUAGGGUUACGCAUGCCCUAGCCUCCGCUGCCCGUGGUGCCGGUGCCAUGCCUGCGACCCGCAUCCCGCUCAAGCGCUGCACCGCCGUCGUCCCCGGCGUGGAGGAUCCCGGCCCCGCUGCAAGCAUGCCGCCCGCUAAGCGCCGCCGCGAGCGCGUCGUCCCGUCGCGGUUCAGGGGUUCGAUGCCGCCGCCCGCUCCCGUCGGGGAGGAGGUGGAGGUGGAGGACAGGGACGGGGACGUGUACAACGUCGAGGUCCGCAUGGCCGAACCCAAAGGCGACACAUUUGGCCCCGUGGAGACCGCGGUGUGGACGCCAGUUCUGCCGGCGCCCAUGGACGCCGACCUGUACCGGGCGUGCCGUAACAUAAACAAGAGCGGCAGCUGUGGGGGAGCUGCCAGUGGUAGUGUGCUCACGUCUGUGAGCAAUGCCGCCUCGGACGGUGGUGCUGGUGGCAAUGGCACCACCGUCCGAUUGAGCAAUGCCGGCUCAGGAGGUGGUGGUGGUGGCAAUGGCGGGCUGGAGGGGAGACCUGUGGUGGUGGAGUGCAAGCCCAAGAGGGAGGUCAGCGGCAGGAAAGAGGAUUUCUACUGGCCACAGGAUUUUGUGCUCGGGGAUGUUGUGUGGGCGAGGUCUGGGAAGAAGUCCCCGACAUGGCCUGCGCUGGUGAUUGAUCCCCUGUUGCAUGCGCCGGAAGUCGUGCUCAACUCCUGCGUUCCUGGCGCCCUCUGCGUCAUGUUUUUUGGUUAUUCCGCUAACGGGCAUGGCAGGGACUAUGGAUGGGUUAAGCAAGGAAUGAUCUUUCCCUUUGUGGACUACCUAGACAGGUUUCAAGGACAGCCUCUGUAUAAGCUCAGACCAAGCAAAUUCCGUGCAGCAAUUGAGGAGGCUUUCCUUGCUGAACGUGGUUUUUUUGAUCUCGAAACGGAUGGGGUAUGCUCACCGCGAAAGUCUGUAAAUAAGCAGUCUGAUCCUAUUGGUUUUCAGGAAGAGGCUGCUUCAAAUAACGAGCAAGAAUGCCAAUCUGAGUCUCAGGUUGUUGGCAAAUCGGCACUGUGUUGUGAUAGCUGUGGUAAUCGUCUACCAUCCAAGGUUUCAAAGAAAAGGAAGCAAGCGGGUGAGCAGAUGCUUUGUAUGCACUGUGAAAAGUUAUUGCAGUCGAAACAAUACUGUGGCAUAUGCAAGAAAAUUUGGCACCACACAGAUGGUGGAAACUGGGUUUGUUGUGAUGAGUGCCAGAUUUGGGUUCACGUUGAAUGUGAUCUAACAUGCAACAACGUCGAGGAUUUGGAAAAUGCAGAUUAUUUCUGUCCGGAUUGCAAAUCAAAAAGUAAAACAGUUCCAGCAACUGAAAAUUUGAAUACUUCCACUUCAGAAUGUGCCAGCACUUCUAAGGGAAAACUGACCGCAAUGAUAGCUGUUUGCUGCAAUGGCGAGGAUGCACUGUAUGUACCUGAGAAGCACAUGAUACUAUGUCAAUGUAAGUCUUGCAAGGAAAGGAUGAUGAGUCUGAAUGAGUGGGAGAAGCAUACUGGCUCAAGGAAAAAGAAUUGGAAGAUGAGUAUUAGACAAAAGAGUACUGGGGAACUACUCAUUAAUUUGCUGGAUGAUAUUCCUUGUGGGACAUCGAAGUAUUCUAACCCAGGCAUUAAGAAAGAAGAGCUGCUACAAUUGCAAGCUAAUCCUUACAGUCCUGUCUGUGCUAAAUGGACAACUGAACGAUGUGCUGUUUGUCGAUGGGUUGAGGAUUGGGACUACAAUAAAAUUAUAAUUUGCAACAGAUGCCAAAUAGCUGUUCAUCAAGAGUGCUAUGGAGCAUGUGCUGUACAAGAUCUUACAACAUGGCUUUGUCGAGCAUGUGAAUCCCCCCAACAGAAAAGAGAAUGUUGUCUAUGCCCUGUCAAAGGGGGCGCUCUCAAGCCAACAGACAUUGAUGGACUGUGGGUUCAUGUUACAUGUGCCUGGUUUCAGCCUAAAGUAUCAUUUCCGGUUGAUGAGACGAUGGAGCCAGCUAUGGGAAUAAUGAGCAUCCCUGUAGAAUACUUUAAGAAGACUUGCGUCAUAUGCAAGCAAAUGCAUGGUGCCUGCACACAAUGCUACAAAUGCUCUACCUAUUACCACGCAAUAUGUGCGUCAAGAGCUGGAUAUUGCAUGGAGUUGCAAUGCUCUGAAAGAAGUGGCAGGCACAUUACAAAAAUGGUUUCAUACUGUGAUUUUCAUAGUACUCCUGACCCAGACAAUGUGUUGAUAGUGAAGACACCGGAAGGUGUUUUCUCUACCAAAUUUUUUCUCCAAAAUGGUGAGAAACAGACAGCUGCAAGACUCGUCAGGAAGGAAAAUCACCAGGAGAAAGUGCUUCCUCCUAUAAUUUCUGACUGUCUAGUCGCAAAGUGCCUGACCUAUGAAAUGUCGAAAUACAAGAAACAACCAGGAGAGGCUAUUGCCCACCGGAUUAUGGGACCUCGUCACCACUCUCAGGAUUUUAUUGAUGGUCUUAAUGCAUGCAUGGAUCGUAAGGAUGACCAAUCUUUUUCAACAUUUAAAGAGCGACUUCGGUAUUUACAGAAAACUGAAAAUUUGAGGGUCUCGUGUGGUCGAUCUGGAAUUCAUGGAUGGGGGCUCUUCGCCGCAAGGAAUAUUCAGGAGGGUCAAAUGGUUAUUGAGUACCGUGGCGAACAAGUUAGACGGUGUGUUGCUGACUUGAGGGAAGCACAGUACCAUAGAGAAAAAAAGGAUUGCUAUUUGUUCAAGAUAAGCGAAGAUGUUGUCAUCGAUGCUACCGACAAAGGAAACAUAGCGCGCCUAAUUAAUCACUCGUGUAUGCCGAACUGCUAUGCUAGGAUCAUGACCGUCAGCGAUGACAGGAGCGAGAUCAUUCUGAUUGCCAAGAGAGACGUCUCUGCCGGAGAAGAGCUGACGUACGACUACUUGUUUGACCCUGAUGAGUCCGAAGACUGCAGGGUUCCAUGCCUGUGCAAGGCUCCUAACUGCCGUGGGUACAUGAACUAGAAGACUAACCAACCUCAGAAACAGGGACUAAAGACUAACGUGACCCCCCUUACAGUUACAGAGGCCAAAGGCUGGCCAUUUUUCCCGGAAUUCUUCCGUUGGCUUCUCGGUUUAUAUUUACUGGAAAGUUUAUUAGUUCUCGUGGCUGCCCAAGUUUUGAACCAUUUUGUUUAGAUAUUGCGAUUGAGGGCAGCCACCCCAUUGUAUAUUCUUUCAUUGUUGUAAUAAGAUACCAGUAUAAUCAAGAAUGCUGACUUUGAAAUGGAAAGAAGAAAAAACUCAACUUGAUGCC